AUGAGUAGGCUCUCUUUCCGGCCACGGCCAUUGGACAUUCACAAGAAGCUUCCAAUUUUGAAAUCGUUUAAAGACUUUGAAGACGACGAGACGCCAACUUCCACCACUAGAAAUUCUCAGUUGCUGCGUAUAGCUUCUGUGGAGGUCGACAAUGAGGUGCAUCCAGUGCCAAGCAAGAAACUGGCUUCGGAAAUACCAACACCUCAAUUUGUUGUUGUGGAUACAUACGAAAGGGAUUACUCCGCGACUUUUGGUCAACCUGCUUCUUAUCUACGUGCAAGAGGAGCUCGGUCUGAGCUUGGAGAGUUUGUGGAGUAUGAUCUUGACAAUGAGGAUGAUGACUGGCUUUCUGAGUUUGAUAAGGAUACCAAGGACCUUUCACCUGAAAUGCUUGAGAGCAUUAUUUUUAAGCUAGAGGUGUUGGAUCACAAGACGCGGGAAAGAGCAGGAGCUAUUGCACCUACCCUUGGUUCUCCAGUUCCUGUGCUUUUGCAGCUUGAUGCUGCUAUUGAGGCGCUGCAGUCAUUAUCCGUUAAUUAUGGAGUCUUCCAGGCCAUCUUCAACUACUGGAAAGACAAGCGCAAAAGAUGGCAGAAGCCUAUCUUGCGGCGUUUACAGCCUCCUCCACCGGUCAAUGACACCAAUCCCUACAAUGUGUUUAGGCCAAGGGAGAAAGCUCACAGACUCCACACAAGAAGGAUGCAGAGGAGAGAAAACAAUGUGCAGUCAUUUGAAAAGCUUCGACAGGUUAGACGCAAUCUUGACCAAGCGAAGACCAUUCUGGAGGCCCUCAUUAAGAGAGAAGAAAAGAAGAGGGAUGUCAUGGAUGGCGAGGUUAGCCUUCAGAGAAUCCAACUCCAAUACAGGCAUGAAACAGAGCUCCUGGAAGAUAGCUUGGCUAUGCCUGGAUUUCCACCCGCUACUACAACAUCUUACAAGUUUGGAUCAAGCGACGACGAGCUCAUGGACUCAGAUGACCACACGAGCACCCGUGUACGCACAAGACCUUCCGUUGUCCCUUCUUCUCGUUUCCCCAACUCAAACCUGAACGCGUCUCAACCCGGAGGCAUCAAACAAGAAGUUAGAAGACGGCACUCGCAUCAAGGAUGGCUUCACAGACUGGAUCCUAAUGAACCAGUCAUGCUGUUCACGAAACCACUGGUUCCGGAUAAACUGGCAGCUGCAGGGAUCGUUCCUCCGGCACCGGAUUCAUCGUCCGGUCAACCUCCGAGCCGGUUUCAGGGGAGGAUUGGGCGUGGUGGCCGUAUCAUUUUCGAUAGAUGGAAUCCUUUGAUGCAUGAAGAAGGAAGGACUCCAAAUCGGUAUUGGGUUGCUCCAUCAAUGGCGUCGAUACUGGCUCGCAGGUCACUGAAUACUCUCCGUGCUCGACAUCUCGUUUUGUCAGGGCAAGCUUUGCAGGGAUCUCAUCUCUCUGGACUGCAGUCUCGUGGUAUUUCGUAUGGCUCCAAGAAAGAUGAUGAAGAAGAGGAGCAACUUGCUAAGGAAAUCUCCAAGGACUGGAAUACUGUCUUUGAACGUAGCAUAAACACCCUAUUUCUCACUGAGAUGGUCCGUGGUUUGUCACUGACCCUCAAGUACUUCUUUGAUCCCAAAGUUACUAUCAAUUAUCCAUUUGAGAAGGGUCCACUGAGUCCUCGCUUCCGUGGUGAACAUGCUCUUCGACGAUAUCCUACUGGGGAAGAGCGCUGCAUUGCCUGCAAACUCUGUGAAGCUGUAUGCCCAGCUCAAGCAAUCACAAUAGAAGCAGAGGAGCGGGAAGAUGGGAGCCGCAGAACCACUAGGUACGAUAUCGACAUGACAAAAUGCAUUUACUGUGGUUUCUGCCAAGAAGCUUGCCCCGUUGAUGCAAUUGUCGAAGGACCUAACUUUGAAUUCGCCACCGAGACACACGAGGAACUUCUCUACGACAAAGAGAAGCUUCUUGAGAAUGGAGAUCGAUGGGAGACUGAGAUUGCUGAGAAUCUGAAAUCAGAGAGUCUCUACCGUUGA